AUGACCUGGUUAUGUGGUAUUUUUGCCUUAUUAAUUGGCCUGGCCGUAUACCAUUUCAACCGGGCAAGAACGCUAUUCGGAAUUCGAAUUGUUUCGACUCGGACUUCCAGCGAUAAUGUGCCAGAAACUAGGCAUAAAUAUGUAGACGACAACGAGAAACUAGCAAGUCUUCUGAGAGAGUCUAAUAAGCAUGUUACAGUCUUCAUUUCUAUUGACGUUCACGCUUGGGAACUGGAUCGUACAAAAAUCACUGACAUCGGGAUGUCAGCGUGGUAUUCUGGUGGGAACGAUGACAAUGUUGUGCUGAGUCGUCAUUGGCAAAUCGAGGAGAACAAAUUGCUCAAGGACCGAUACAUGCUAAAUGACCCUGAUAUCUUCACAUUUGGAAAGACUGAGUUGAUUUCCGAAUCGCAAAUCGCACAAAAAAUAGAUUAUAUAUUCGAGUCUCUAGGGGCUGGUUGUCAAAGAACAGUCAUUGUUGGGCAUGGUAUUCGCUCCACCUUAGACCUCCUUGAAAAAUUUUGGGAACCGCCAGGAUCAGAGGUAAUCAUUCUCGACACACAAAUUAUAUGGCAACUUCAAAACCACCAAUCCAAUAAGGUUACACUCGAAACAGCGCUGAUAUCGGCAUCAGACUUAUCAUAUAACGUACAUUUUCUCCACAAUACCGGAAAUAACGCACGCUUCAUACUGAAUUUACUCCAAGAGCAAGGCGCCAUGUCAAAACGAUUUUAG